AUGCAGCACACAUCACAUUUGUGCCUGACGGCCCUGUUCAGUGUUCUGACCUCCGUACACGGCAAUGUUAUAGUUUAUACACAGGAACUACCACACACGAUAGCGGAGGAGUUUCUAGAUGUGCCAGCCAGCUUCGGUCCGGAGCUGCCGGCGGAUGGUCUCCGAGGGUACCUGGUGGCGGGCGAGCCCCGGGACGGGUGCUCCGCCCUCGAGAAGCCACCCCUAGACGAGAACUUCACUGGAAAAUGGGUCGUAUUGAUAGCCAGGUACAACUGCAGUUUCGAAGUGAAAAUCCGCAACGCUCAAGAAGCGGGCUUCGACUGCGCCAUAGUACAUAAUGUUAACUCCAGUGAACUUGAGACGAUGUCAGCGAAGGAUCCCGACACAAUAACGAUACCGUCCGUGUUCGUGAGCGACCUCGCCGGCAUCAUACUUGGCGAGGAGUACGUCUACACCAACCAGUACGUAAUUUGUAAUGUAUAUUACUAUAUAAUGGUGAACGGCGACAUACCAUUCAACAUCAACACUCACCUACUGCUGCCGUUCGCCGUGGUGGUUGUGUUGUGUCUCGUCGUCAUACUUAUAUUCAUGAUAGUGAAGUGUAUAAAGGACCGCCGGCGGGCGCGGAGACAUCGUCUUCCCAACCGCUCCCUGAAAAAAAUCCCCACGUGUAAAUUCAGUAAGGGAGACCCUUACGACACGUGUGCCAUCUGUCUGGAUGACUACCAGGAGGGGGAGAGGCUCCGGGUGCUGCCCUGCGCUCAUGCGUAUCACGCAAAAUGUAUCGAUCCAUGGCUGACACAGAACCGUCGCGUGUGUCCCGUGUGUAAGAGGAGGGUGUUGGCUGCGGACGAGCGGCCCGCGGACCUCGACCUGGACCUGGACUCAGACGACACGCAGCCGCUGCUGGAGAGACGACAGGACACGCAGGGUGGUACAUUUCAAGAGCAACGCGAGAAUCCGUUCGUGAGGGCCGCGAGGUAUAUAUACAGACUACGGGGAAGAAACGAAACGGGCGAAGAAAACGACCCUGAGGUGGCGCGACCUACCGAAGAUGGCAAUACUAAUAAUGAAGACAAUGUACCGGAGACAGCUCCCCUCGUGCCUCAGUCAGAGCCCGGCCGCCGCCGCGGACGGAGGUCCCGCCGGCGUGCGCGACAACAACACACACACACGAGCGUCACACGCUCAGUCAACGACGACUCUACGGACGACGACGGCGAAAUAGUCGUGGCAGCCCUGCCAGCCCAGUCCUCCGAGCCGCAUUACAUAGAUUUAUGA